AUGGAGCGGAAUAAAAAGAAGGCGGCGGAGAGGAAUGAUGAGGUGGAAGAGCUACUCCAAGCAGCUGAGGACGAGUUGCUCCUCAAGCUUUCCCUCCAUUCCCACAUCUCCCGCCUCGCACCCGACUACCUCCCCUCCGAUCUCGACCGCCGUUUCCAAGCCCUCAAAUCGCGACCCUCUGUCCCCCCUAAUCCGUCUUCCCAUUCUCUAUCUCCACCGCAAAACUCGCAGGAAUCAACCACGUCUAGUGUGGACCAAGAUGAGCUCUCUGCCAGAUUCCUUGCUCUCAAGGGCUCUCACGGAAUUCCUGCGGAUCCCAAGUUAUCAUCCUCCGGUGAUGAUGAUGCUGCUGCUGCUGAGGAUGAAGAAGAUGAAGUGGAGAAGUUAAUUCAGUGGGCCAAGGAUGCCGCUCGUCUCGAGCGCUCUCCUUCGUCCGACGACGAAGACGACGACGACGACGACGACGACGACCCUGCAAAGGUACAUCCUCGGAAGUAA